AUGUUGUCGUCGCCUCCACCACCUGCGCCGCCGCCGCAUCGCGAGACUCAUGGCGAUGAGCCCGAUCAAACACAAUAUUCUCUGGAUCUGGACGCUUUGAACCUCGAUGAUGAACCCAGCGCUCUGGACUCGCCCAGUGUCCAUCGCGUUGUCGACAAGAUCCACAGUGAUGACAUCGAUGGCCCGACUGACUUCACUGUCAACCUAGCCAAAUACUUCAAGGGGACACCACGCAAACAACCACUACCCGCAUGGGAAGAGCAGCAAGAUCUGUUCGACGAGACCAGUGCAGACUUUUUGACAAACUCGUCGCCCAAUCACUCUCCCAAGUUCGAUCGCAGUACGCAGAGUGAAUCUGGCGCCAACGACUCGACCCCUCGUCUCGAUCACGGUGCCUUCGAGGACCCAAGAAAGAACAUAUUGCAGCCGACUGUCGAGGACUAUCACUCUGAGCUUACUCCCGGCCGUCCUACUUCCGCCAAUGUCGCUUCAGAUCCUGCCCAACGACGAUCAUACUCUACCUCGCGAUUGCGCCAGUCCCAGAACCAGAGACCCUCGAGUCCUCCCACGAUCGACUCUAUGCGAUCCAUCAUGUCGCACUAUGACAGCACACCAAACCAGAAACCGCAUAGUCUAUAUCAAGAGCUGCAAAAAUUGCGCGCACUCAACGAGUCUCUGCAGACUCAACUCGACACAGAACGCGCCUCUCGCCAAGGUCGUUCCGAGGAUGGAAAUCAAAUGGAGUCGCUACGGAACGAACUGAAGCGCAUGCGCGAGGAAUCUCAAGACUACCAGGAUCAAAUGCAGCAACUCCAAUCUCAAUUGAAUCAAUCAAAGACAGACGAGAGGGAUGCUGUCAAGCUUGCAGAGGAUCGCGCAAAAGAGUUGGACCAGAUGCACGACAGCGAGGAUGCUGAGAUACACAAUCUACAAGUUCAACUCGGUCAGGCUCGCGAUGCUGAACGUCAAACGCACAGCUCGCUUGAUAAGGUCAAGGAUGAAUUGAAAGCAAAGGACAGCUUGCUUGCAGAUGUUCAAAAAACCGAGAAUGACAUGCAAGAGUUGAAGACUUGGAACGAGGGCCAGCGCAAGGUGAAGAGCAAUGAACUUGAACGUAUUCAGCAGGCGCAAGAUGAUCAAGAGGAGGAUGUAUCAGUCAGCCGUACCAAGGUCGAUCAAGAAGAACUCGAACGUCAAAUCGCAAGCCUACAAACUCAGCUUGACGACUUGCGCAAGACACUAGAGAUCAAGGACAAACUCAUCGAGGAUCUCAAAUCUCAGAUCAAGGAUGACUUGACUGGCGACAACCUCAGGAGACGACUCCAAGAAGCUCAAGAUGCCCUCGAAGCCAAAGAGAAGGCAGUGCAAUCUGCCCACGAGGAUGCCGAUACAAAAGCAGCAGACAUGACUCGAGGACUAGCACAACAACUGCAACAAGCAAACCAGCGACUUGCGGCUUACGAGUCCGAAAAAGACCACUUCAAAGCAGAUGCAACACUAGGCCAACUGGAAGCACAGCUGCAAAAAGCACGAGACGAACUCAACUCUGCUCUUCAACAACAUUCGUCCGAUAAGAACGCUUGGGCAAGAGCAGACAGCGAAGCCCAGCAAUCACAAGCCAGCGUCUACGAUCAACUCAAAAAAGAACAAGACCUUCGCAAAAAGGCGCACGAAGAGAUUCGUUCUUUGCGCGAAGAACUGGAUAUACUUCAACGAUUCGACCGCAUAGAAGACAAGGCUCCUUCUUCAACACCAGACGCUUCAACACAACAUCUCGCAGACUCCCUCCGCAAAGAUCUUCAAGCUCUACGAUCCCAACUCGAGUCCCAGCAAAGACAACAUCAUGAAGAAGUGACACAACUGCGUAAAUCCUGGACUGCAGCAACACCAUCAUCACCACAAUCUGACUCUGCAGCUUUGCAAGCGCUACGCGCAGAACAUCGUCGUACCAUUGAUCUCAUCGAAGAAGGCAUGGCGAGUCUGCGCACCUCCCGCGACACACUGUCCCUCCGCAACAACGAACUUUCCACCUCCCUCACCACAACUGCAGCGGAACUACAAACUACCGCAAACUCACUUACCCUCGCCGAAGCAGAUCUCGCAGCCAAAACCACCGAACUACACCUCCUCACCUCUGCCUCUGCAACCCUAGAACAAACCCUCGCAACCACAACAUCAGACCUUCAGCUAGCAAAAAGAGAACUAUCAGACCUGCACGCCUUGAACUCGGACUUCGACACCAAGCUUUCGGCAAUCCUUGACAAGAGAGAAGAAUCUUGGCGAACUAAAGUUAAGGGUCUGAAACAAGAGGUUGUUGAUUUGACAAGGCGGAUUGCAGAGUUGGAGGUAGAGAGGAAGGGUAUGGUGAAAGCUUUGAUGGGCUUCUGGGGCCGAGAAGAGUUUGGAACCGAGGAUCAAGGGUAUGGUCUAAUUGACAACGACAAUGUGGGUGGACAAGGCAAAGAACCAAGGACGGAGGCCAAGAGUCAGAAGUUUAGGUAUAGAUUUGCCAAAGCGUGA